AUGCUCCAAGAAAGACUUCGCGUCCUUGUUGUGGGAAAUGGUGGGCGUGAGCAUGCAUAUGCCUGGAAACUGAGCCAUUCUCCUUCGGUGGAGAAGGUCUUCUGUGCCCCUGGAAAUGGCGGGACGGAUGGAGGGCCCUCAUCGAAGAUAUCCAACGUCUCGAUCAAAGGAGAUGAUUAUCCCGGCUUAGUGGCGUUCUCCAAGGAGAAUGGGGUUAACCUCGUUGUCCCUGGGCCUGAAGCCCCCCUUGUCGACGGCAUUCAAGGGUAUUUCCGGGCCGUUGGCAUCAGAUGUUUUGGUCCUUCCAAGGCUGCUGCCCGUAUGGAAGGCUCCAAGGCCUUUUCCAAGGACUUCAUGAAACGUCACAACAUUCCAACCGCUCGAUACGGAAAUUUUACCGAUUAUAAGGCUGCCUGCCAAUACCUUGACUCUGCGGACCAUGACGUUGUUAUCAAGGCUAGUGGGCUUGCUGCCGGUAAAGGGGUGAUUAUCCCCCAAAACAAGGAGGAAGCGCACAAGGCCCUCAGGGAGAUUAUGGUAGACCACCAGUUUGGGGAUGCAGGCAAUGAAGUCGUUAUUGAAGAAUACCUCGAAGGAGAUGAACUGAGUAUCCUCACAUUCUCAGAUGGUUACACCGUCAGGUCUCUUCCUCCAGCACAAGACCACAAGAGGGUCUCUGAUGGAGACCAGGGGCCAAAUACUGGAGGCAUGGGUUGCUAUGCCCCAACCCGAAUUGCUUCAAAGGCCGUCAUGGAGGAUAUAGAUAGGACAAUUGUUCAGCCGACUAUCGAUGGAAUGAGAAAAGAAGGCACCCCGUUUGUCGGAAUAUUAUUUACAGGCUUAAUGAUGACCAAAAAUGGACCCAAGGUCCUAGAAUACAACGUCAGGGGUGGAGACCCCGAGACUCAAACAUUGCUGCCUCUUCUCAGUGACGAUACCGAUUUAGCUGAAGUCAUGGUUGCCUGCACAGAGCACUGGCUUGACGGAGUUACUCUCAAGGUAGAGCCAAAAUCUGCUGCCACCGUCAUCGCGGUGGCCGAGGGCUACCCUGGAUCCUACGCCAAAGGUAGAGAUAUCACACUUGACAAGACCGCCGACGGCACAUUGAUCUUCCAUGCAGGAACCACUCUUGCCGAUGGUAAACUCAAGACAGCUGGCGGCCGUGUCAUUGCUUCAACUGCAACAGCAGGCACUCUAGAAGAGGCUGUAAAGGCCUCAUAUACCGGCAUCUCUACAAUCCACUUUGACGGCAUGCAUUACAGAAAAGACAUUGCACACCGCGCGUUUAACACUUCGAAGACAUCUACAUCCCAGGAAUCCCUUACAUAUGCGUCGGCAGGCGUCUCUAUAGAUGCUGGUAAUGAGCUUGUGAACCAGAUCAAAGCCAACGUUGCUCGAACCCGCCGCCCAGGAUCGGAUGCCAUCAUCGGUGGGUUCGGAGGAGCAUUCUCAUUGUCCACUUGCAACUCUGGCUUCCAUUCUUCCUCUCCAACUCUCAUUGGAGCUAUCGAUGGAGUUGGCACUAAGCUCAAGAUCGCGCAUGAAAUGGGGGUCCACAACACUGUUGGCAUUGACCUUGUCGCCAUGAAUGUUAAUGACUUGGUGGUACAAGGGGCCGAACCCUUGAUGUUUCUUGAUUGCUACAGCUGUGGGAAGCUUGACGUCGAAGUCGCGGCUGCGUUUGUUGCUGGAGUUGCCGACGGGUGCGUGGAAUCAGGGUGUGCUUUAGUCGGUGGUGAGACAGCGGAAAUGCCUGGUCUGUUCAUUGACAACAGCUACGACGCUGCUGGAGCAGCCAUCGGUGCCAUUGACACAUCUACAAGACGUCUACUUCCAGACACGGAUGGAAUGAAAUCUGGUGACGUAUUGCUUGGAAUUGCCAGCAGUGGGCCACAUUCAAAUGGCUUCUCACUCAUUAGGAAGAUUGUCGAGAAAUCAGGACUUUCUUAUCAAGAUCCCGCACCAUUCAAGAUGGGUAAAGAGAGCACAAACCUGGGCACAGCUCUCCUCACCCCAACACGUAUCUACGUCAAACCCCUUCUUGCCGCUAUUGCCAAGUUCCCACAGGGAGCAAUCAAAGGAAUGGCACACAUCACUGGCGGUGGUCUGGUUGAGAAUAUACCUCGAGUCCUCCCCAGGAACCUCUGCGCUGACAUUGACGUGUCUUCUUGGCCUCUGCCUGAUGUGUUCAAAUGGUUGAAAAAGACGGGCAAUGUGACAGGACUAGAGAUGGCGAGAGCGUUCAACAAUGGUAUCGGGAUGGUUGUUGUUGUAGACAAGUCCGAGUCUGCCAACAUUAAGAAAUACCUUGAGGAGUUGAAUGAGACUGUCUUCAUCGUUGGAAGUUUGGCUGAGAAGGCCAGUGGGAAUGACAAGGGAUGUGUCCUUAGAAAUAUGCAGACCUGGGAUGAGUAG